AGCCGCCUCGUCGGUGCUUAACAAAUGGAUAAUAACGAGAGAUCGUCGACGAGCCGCGAUUUUCUGGGAUGGUUUUACGUCCACGCAUCGCGCUGCUGAUCACGUUUUGCUACCACGGAUUUCGCAUCUCUUCGCGGGCCUCAUCGAUCCGACAAGGUACAAUAUCGAAUGAGGAAAUUUCGAACGACGUCUUCGAUCUCUCCGUUUUCGCGAAAGGGAGAGUCCGGCGUCGACGCGAAAAUGGAAAUAUCUCCGCCGGGGAGGGUGAGGCUGACCAGCGACAUCCGAGGUCCACGCAGUUCACUCACCCUCGGUGACGCCACGUGCCAAUAACGGCGAUCUCGGCCAGAAGGCGAGACGAUUGCUCUGUCGCGGACGGUGCUCCGUUUCGAAUUUUGCAAAGUGUCGUGAAGUUUUCGCAGUCACGAGAGAUGUGCGACGAGGCUACCCGUGAUUCACGACGACAACGUGCGGUUUUCGGAGUGUCAUGUUUCAAGGCGGGAGCAAUCUCGACGGUUCAUCGGUCAUGAAACGAAGACGUUUGAAACACGAGGACCUGUGUAUCCCGCGGACGGGCAACAUCUGAGAAAGAACAGGCUGGUCGCGUGAGAUCCCACGGAAAUGUCAUCGAGCGUGACAUUGUCGUACGAGUCUACGACGAUGGCGGAGGCGACAGAGCUGGACAGUGACGGUUCGAGCUGCGGCGAACGUGACGUCUGGAAGCGCGUUCGUGGCGAUUCCGUCGACAUCGGGCCCAAAAAGCGUCGAAAGCAGACCACGCCGGUAAGAGUCUCGUCUGGUCUCGCGGACGUACAUGAGGAUGCGCGCGUGGACGAACGCGAGGACGAGGCCGUCGAAGGUAAGCCGUCGUCGCAAUCGCCGUUGCUGAGCAACGACCAACACGACCAACAACAACACCACCACCACCACCACCACCACCUCCAUCACCAUCACCACUCGCCGUCGUCGAAAGACGAGAACCUGAACAACGAGUUUCGCUGCCAGCACUGCGGCCGGCUCUUCGACAGCGACGAGACGCUCAAUGUCCACGUGGACGGCGAGCACGGUGGCGCGGGUCAGGCGACGCCGGUUGUCGCCAUCAAGGUAGAGCCGGCGCAGCAGCUGGAUCCAACUAACGAGAGUCCGGUUAGCCUUUUAAGCGUUAAGAACUUCGCGACCACGUGGCUGGCGUCCGGCAGCCAGCAGCACGUGCAAUCGCAGACGCAGAUGCAGCCGCAGAGCGAUGAAUCGUGGUCGAGCGGCCCGGUCAAUCAGAUCGUCACGAUGACCAAUCAUUUACAGGCGCUCUCGAGUUUUCCGGGUGCCCUCGCGCAGUAUCUACCUCUGCCAAAUUUUCCCCUCACCGACCCUCAACUCCCUCGAUCCUCCCUUGCCGGUUCUGUGCCGAUCAAGAUCUUCAAUCCGGACGCGUAUUGUGACAUGUGCAACAAAGAGUUUUGCAACAAAUAUUUCCUGAAGACGCACAAGGCCAACAAGCACGGAAUCUACGUCGACUCACCGGCGCCAACCAUGGAUUCGGUCAAUGUCGUUGGCAGCAACGUGUUCGGCCCUACAAAUUUCCACGCGAGUAACGCGAAUGUGAAACUGGAGCCGCCGGCGACUCCGCCGCAGAAACGUUUCCGCAAUGAAGAUCUCGGGAGGAAGCACAACAAACCGAAAACGCACGAGUCGCUGCUGGAUCAGCAGAUUGCGGACGGCCAGCAGAUCUCUGUGUCGCAAAACGAAGAGGAUCGAGUGACGCCGCGUGACAGCCCCAGCGGCAUGGAGGCACUCGUAAAGCAGGAAUACGGCAUCGAACAGGAGGACGCGACCUUCAUGCCAGCUCCAAGACACCUGUCGCCCCAGUCUAGUCAGCAAGCACGCGAGUCCGGCUUCAGCGCCGAUCUUUUACGCCGCCUGGGUGUUUUAAAUCCCGAGGCAUUCUGCGAGAUCUGCUGCAAAGAAUACUGCAACAAGUACUUUCUGCGUACGCACAAAAUGAAGCGGCACGGCAUCGUCGUGCAGGAUACCGAGAGAUCGCCCAGCAAUCCUGGGACAGCCGUCGCCACCUGGCACCAGGUGCAGACAAGUCCGUUGAACUUGAUUGUGUCCGAAACCGCCGCUACCGGCGCGGAAUCCAACGAUCGAAGCAACGAGGAGUACGAGUGCAAACUCUGCGAUAUUCGCUUUCAAACGAUCGGUCUUUAUCAGGCGCACAGCAAGAAGAUCCACGAGAGCGAGGAACGCAGUUCGCCAAAGCAAGAGUACGACCUGGAUAGCUCCGAGCAGCGCACCGACUCGAUAUCAGAGGACCUUCAGAAGUUGCAAACGAUGAUCAUGCAGCUGAACGGCUUAGAUUCUGGUAAGGGAUUAUCCUGUGCCGUCUGCAGCAGAGAAUGUGAUUCGAGAUCGGCCCUGCGCGUUCACAUGGCGACCGAACACGGUGUCGCCGGUGAUGAAGCCACGUCGUCGCCGCAGAAAUCACCCACGGCCAUCACGACUAUUUUCUGCACUCUCUGCGAGAAGGAUUAUCCCAGCCAAGACGCCCUAAGAAGACACAUUAGCGAGGAGCAUCAACCCAUCGUGUCUACCGCUAUUACUCUGCCGACACUUCCGCCAACGGUAAUCGCCUCUUCCGCCAGUUCGACGCCGACCAGUCAGACUCCGAGCGGCCAAACAACGACGGUGACGGAGAAGAAAGUGACGUCACUGACCCCCACGUCGAGCUACUGCGAGAUCUGCAACAAGGAACUGUGCAACAAGUACUUCAUGAAGACGCACAUGCAGCGGAUGCACGGCAUCGAGAUCGAGAACGGCGCGCAGAUCGGCGGAGUCAUCUGCAACAUCUGCAACAAGGAGCUAUGCAGCAAAUAUUUUCUGCGAGUUCAUAAGCACAACACUCAUGGAAUCGUCGAUGAGAACACGUCGGGAUCGGCGUCAAACAAGCAAGAAUCUUAUGACGUUCCUAGCGCCGAGGACUCGACUUUAAAAUCGGAACAAUUAGGAGAUCUUAGUCAUAGAUAUUUCACACAUUUCACCGAGGUAUGUCCAAUCUGCAGUCGAAGGUUCCGUAGCAUCAAGUGGCUGAAGGCUCACCUGAUGGGUGAUCAUGGCAAAGUAGGAAUCGACAAAUGGCGCGAAAUGGAACAACAGUAUCAAGCGACGUCCAAGACCAGCGGCAGAAGCGUCGCUUCGGCGAAGAACACGCAGCAAGUGUCGAACCUAAAGAUCCCCAAUGGAUUCGAGGUCGCUCAUCAAGUCAAGCCUGUCGAUUACACGAGUCUAGGAAAUCAAAUGCUGUCAAAUCUCCUCGGUUCCUCGUCCGAGGAGCAUCAGUUGAAAAACUAUCGCUGCGGCUACUGCAGCUUUACGACCCCUGUGCUACCCUUCCUCUUUCUUCAUGAACGAUCCCACGUGAACCCUCAAGAAAAUCUCGAGGGGGAUCGAGCGCUGCAAUGUCCAAUCUGCUCGCACGACUUCCAUCAGCCGGAGCUGCUUCAUCAGCAUCUGCUCGCCAAGCAUCAGUUCCCCUCUCUGUUGUCGCAGUUUCAGCAUCCUCUCAUGAAUAAUUUUAGGUCGGACAUCGACGUCAAGACGAACGACGUCAAAGACAGAAUUGAUCCGGAUACAAAAGACGAUCGUGUAAGAAGCAGUCCGCAAAUCGACCGGAACGUUCCCGAGGCCGCGAGAAAUCAGCGGCAGGACGACACCGCGGUGCAGGUGACACCUCAAGGCGUGUACAAGUGCGCCCAGUGCGGCUACGCGACGACGAAUCUGAAUCGCAUCAAGAAGCACGUGCGGAAGGAUCACAAAACGAUAGGCGAUCCGACGGAAAGCGUGAUCGCCGAACUCAGCAAGACCCUGAAGGACGUGGCGAAUAAGCAGAAGAUGCCGGCCUGUUACGCGAUGCCACAGGACAUGAACUCGAAUCCCGACAAGACCAUCAUGCAGCCGUUCCUGAUCGAGGAGCAGGAUCAUCAGAUGCAGGCGGGCGCCGAGUCUAGCUCAGCGAAGAGAUUCGCGCCGGCUUUGGUCUACUUGCCGGUCAAGUCCAGAAUCAACAACGUCCUGACCGCCUCCUUCACUCUAACUCCCGCCUGAGUUUAAAAACAAAAAAAAACACGCGAUUGCAUUACUUCGCGUCAGCAUCUUGGGAGAGUACGAGCGGCGGCAUCUGCAUCUGCGACCUGAGCACGUGGUAUCGGUUCCUAUUUAUCGUGUAAAACGAGCAGCCAAACGGCAAGUGUUAUUUGCACUAUAAUACUUUGACGUUCCACUAAUUUUUACGUAUCUUUAGCGAUUUUUACAGGUUUUCCCAUUAUCGAUUAAAUGAGCCCUCUGGUUCCAUGUUGCAAAUUAACAAAACGAAAUAACAAUAGUUCAAGUUACGAUACCGAGCAGAUGAGAUUAUUAUAUUUCUUUCCUUCAAGGCUAAUUUUGCAUAGUUUGAAAAAUGAUGCUGCCAUACGAUGUCUGAGAAAAAAUAGUUAUUAUAUAGUAGAAAGAAGUUUUUAAAUCACUUUCUUAUAGGCAUCAAAAUUCACAUCUUUCUCUGUGCAAUAUUAUCUUUGUAAAAAAAUAAUCUUACCUGACGGUAUUUUGUACCAAAAAGCUCGUUGCCACGACAUGAGAUUGCUCGUUUCCUUCGUGACACAUUAUCAACUCGAAAUACAGGGAGAUCGUCCUGAAGCAAGGAGUAGGAGUCAUUUACACGUUUUUAUUUUAUUUCGAAAUGGUUCUCGAGGGCGACGAAUUUAGCAGACCGAAACGAUCUCCUUCGGAAGGAAAGACCUCCGAGAAAAAUAACGAGGCGAGAUUGUUAUUAUUGUUUUAUAUAGGGAACAUACUCGUUAUAUACUCUUGUAAAUAUUUAAUCGUAACUAAUUAAAACACGAACGGGUGAUCGACAAAGUUCCUAUUUUAAACGCGAUAGGCUUCUGAACGGGAGACCUUCACUCUCUUUGCUCCGUAUUUUAUUUCGUUUGUUUCUCUUGCUUUAGCAGUUUUGCUUCCGCACAAAUAAAUCAAAAGAGAAAAAAAAAUCGCGCGUGAUAAGAGCGAGCGUUUGAUUGGCAUUAAAUCCAUUCACCGUUUCUUCAACUUUUUCGACUUUUUCUUUCGCGACUGUUCUAGUCAAUAUUUUAUAUAUAAAUAUAUAUUAUAUAUUAUAUAUUUACGCGAGAAUAAGAAGAGAGAUUUCUCAGAGAUAGGGAAGAUUUAGAGAGGUAUUUAUCAUACACAUAUAAUAGAAUACGCUAGACUCCAAGAAACCGUCAAACGACGCUAAUUAGGCGUGACCGCUAAUUACCGUCGCGACGUAUACAGCCGAGAGGGCGAAGGCGUGAUAAAAACAAAGGUAUUGGGGUAUCAGUGUGCAGAGGGAAAAUCGCCAACCAACUCAGGGGUGGACACAGUAUAACCCGCAACAAAAAGUACAAUCGUAUACACAGCCAACGCAUUACAUAGACUUUAAAUAACUUUAAACUUAUAAUGAAAGAGAUGUAGCGAGCGUCUCGUAAAUGUUCCGCGGAUAUAUCAAUAUAAUCGAUCGGCCCCCUCCCCCCCCCCCCGACGUCUUGGGUGACGGGAGUUCGCGAAAUGACCAAGCUCGAUCAACUCGACAAACCCCCUCAAUUUAUAUAAGUACAGAGCUACAUACAAAGGCUAUAUAGCACACUCGGAUUAUUUAACUAACAAUAAGAGUUACCUAGCCUAUAGUCGGUAAAGACGCCGCGGACACGUCCAGUCCGAGAUAAAAGUUCCUCCUUGAAAGCUGUUUCGAACCUCGUGCCUUUGCAGCUUGAGAAAAAAUAAACGCGUUAUCCGCGAACUUCCUCGUUAUCACGCAGGUCUCGAUAAGAUAUAUAUCCGAAUGCGAAACGGGCCGAUCUGUUGCGAUUAUAAUAAAUGUGGUUUCUGUCAGGUGUGCUGUCUCUCUCGAUCGCGACGUGUAAUAGCCGAUCUCCUCCCUCACGUAACGUCGCAAUUGCGAGGCGUUUCCUUGAGUCUCGAAUAACCACGGAAUUGUUUCACGGAAAUGUCCCAUAAAUAUUUAACACGAAAUCCAUUAUAGAUAUGACUGUUUCAUGACGCGCAAUAUAAAGUUUAAUGCGGUUUCAAAGAUAAUUUUAGACUAUCGUGCAUCUCUAAAAGUUGCUAAAGUGAACAGGAACGAUUGGAAUAUUUAAAUGCUCGCGUAGAGAUUGUUGCAUUUGAGAAAAAUUAAAUAAUCGGAAAUGCAAAUUGCGAAAUCGAAAAAUCACAAUGUAAAUCUCAUUAGAAUAUUUUACAAAUGUCAUGAAAAAAACUUUCGGCGAUAUCUCCGUGAGCGAGCGAGUUCGAUCGAAAGAAUUGCUCGAAAGAACAGCUGUUACCGCAUUGACCACACUUUCGAUAGCUGGGCGUGCAGCCGUUCUGACCUGCCUAGCUUCCCAAACACGUUUCACACAGCACACCGGUACACCCGUCCGUCCCGCGAUGAACAAACAUGCACGAUGCAUUUCCGCCUACGCGUCGCUGCCCUUCCUCUGUCGUAAAAUAAUAACUCUGCUUACUUAGUGCAAUCACGCUCUCUUUAUUUACCGAGUAAUAUUUGAAGUGCAAAUAUUUUUUUCCAAAAAAAUUGGCAGAGACAAAAUUUCUGCAAAUUUCACCGGCUAUUUAGGUGAUUUUUGAAAAUCUUCUAAAAACAGAUAACGUAAAGUCGUACAGCAGCAUGAUGGAAAUAUUUCGUAAACAGACUCAGAGGUAAAUUAAUUUACAUAUGUUUUCGGAAGUAAUUGUACUUUAAUAUUUAAAAAAUAUAAAACAGAGCUCCGCGUUUAGUUAAUAAAUAAUUGCGAUUGGUAUAAUAACUGGCUUUGCAAUUGCGCGCUGGAAUUCUCAAAAUUUAACUCGAUGGAAAAACACGUGCAAAAAUAUAAAUUACGCUCGGUAAAACGGCUGUCGAGAAGUGACAUGCAAAGCAAUAAAUAACACGAAUCGUUUCCCACUAAAAUGCGACAUUCGGCGCUCGUCGCGUUCUGGUAAUGCGAAUUCGGCGCUGUCAGAGACGGCAAUGAUUUAUUCCAGGACGAUUUCCAUGGCACGAGCCGGUUUUUGUCUCAGGGGCCAUAAAAGUUUUCCCCGCGCGCGCGCGCGCAGCUGAAAUUCGAGAACCGCGUCAUUUAACGGGGCACACACACACACAUACACACACACCAAUGUCAGCCGUUACCGAAAUUUCGUCUGAAUUAGUAUGCGCGCACGCGUGCAUUAAUAUGACUUAGGGGAGGAGAGAGGCAAUCGGCCAUUAAGUAAAUCCAUCGAGGGAGUAGGAAUGAGAGGGACAGAGAGAGAGAGAGAGAGAGAGAGAGAGAGAGAGAGAGAGAGAGAGAGAGAGAGAGAGAGAGAGAGAGAGAGAAAGCUGAAAAAGGAAGAAGUGGAAACGGUCGCUGGACGGAAGGGAGAAGGAGCGAUUUUCGUUAGGGAAAAACGAAUUUUUAGCCGGCAUUGUCGUGCCGGGUCGAGAGACGGACCCGGACAAAACGGGCCACCACCAUCUGGCCCCCCCUCUCUGGCGAGAAGGUCAGAGAGGAGGAAGGAGGUCGCGACCUUGGCGGGGAUUUUUCCGAAAAAGCUCCGAGAACGGAACGACUCGGGGCAGAGGGGAAGGACACAGCAAAUGUCCCACCCUUCCCGCUCCUGCCCCCGCUUUGCCCCGGCCACGUCUAUUUUUCCUGCCCACGUGCGCGCGCGGUGACACGCAAAACGCGCACGUCCAUGCAAAACGGCUCUACCUCGACCCUCUUUUAAUUGUGUCCGAUGCAGAUACGCGUAUUGUACACUUAAUGGCCCGUGCGCGUAACGCGUUACGCGCCGGGGAUGCUGAUUUUAAUUAUUAUCGCGAGAAGAGAGCACGCGCGCGCGCAGAGGGGCGGAUGACGAAUCCGGGCGACGUUGGGGUGACCGGGGUUUCCUUCGCGCGGGAGGCUGCAACCAUUUCCGGCUAAUAGCGAGCGAUCGUGACAGAUACGAAGUAAUUCUUCUUUGGCGCUUCGAUGGCGAGAGGUACAACGGUCAUCAGAUAUUAAAUAUCAGAAAAAAAUUUAGAUAUGAAUUUCAGAUAUGACGCGACGAUGACGAUUAUAAGACAAAUAUUAUUUUUAUUAUUUUUAUGAUAGAUCUGUUGGUAUAUUAGUUAAUUAAAAACAAUUGCACCUUGUGACGUUGAAUUCUCUCGAAUGGAAAUAUGACUGCCGUCCUCUUUGUCGAGCACCAAAGUUUUAUUCGUGCAAAAAAAAUUGUUCCUCGUUAUGAGAAACUGAAAAUGAGCUUCAUCGAUAUUGGUAUCCAAACUUGAUAAACUUUUUAAACUUUUUUUCUCAAUGUAUAGUACAUUUAGAGUUACAAUUUGGAGUUUCGGACGAUCGCUAAUUGUACCAAUUAACCACGAAUGUCGACGCAUGUCGGAGCCAAGGAAAGCAAAAGGAGAUUAUAAUGAAAUUCCGAGAGAAAUCUUGACGGCUCGCGUGCCCAAAAUCAGCAUUGCCUUCGUAACGUAAUUGAGCACAAAAUCAAAAUUUUACCCGUAAACCAAACAAAAAGUACGCAAAGUAUAUAUAUAUAUAUAUAUAUAUUGUUCAUUGAUAUAUAUAUAUUAUUAAUUAUAUUAAGAACGUCGUAGGCUAAGUGCAUUUCGUAUGUGAACGAUGCAAACGUGAAUUUACGUAUAUACUUAAGUGUACACCGUGUAAUCCGUGUACGAUAACAACGAGGCGUGCGAGCGUACGCGCGUUUGACAAGUGCAUAUGAUAUAGAGUGUAUAUUUCGUGAAAUUAGGGGAAUUAAUUAGCAUGUCUAGUCAUUUUGGAAGCGAUUUACAAAUUCCUAUAUCUGAUCUAGUCACACGAUGUAUUCAAGGCGACGUCAAUCUCGAUUACUAGUACAAUCGAUUUUUGUCGUUAGACUAAUCGCAUAUAUUUUUUUUAAGAUUGCGAUGAGAGACACAUUAUUUUUGUUAUUUUAUAUUUCCUUUACAUAUACACACGCCUAAGUUCUUGCAAUUAUUUAAUUAUUUAUCAUUUAUAUACGUAUAAUCAAAGGAAACUUAUAUAUGAAUAAAAAUUUAUUUUUCUCUUCUUUUGUUUUCGUUCCCUCUUUUUUUUUCGUCAUCUCCCUUGCAUGCUUUAUAUUUUUAAACGAUCCGCACUAUUUUAUUUGUUUGUGAUUUCAGCAAUUAUCGAUACUACAACCAACGGAAAACGUAUUUCACGUUAACAACGGUGUUUGUUUCAACGCCAAUAAAUACAGAGAUUAUUCUCGUGUCUCUAUCGAAGCAUCGAAAUUCGAACUCACCGGAAUUACAUCGGCUUCACACGCUCGUUUUAAGAUAUCAAGUUACCCGACCCAGAGUUUGAUGGGCGGCUGUUAGACUGCCGCCAACUCGUCGAUUUUGUUUUUUAAGGGUGUCGUUCCUAGGGUACCUUUUUACCGCGGUGACAAAUGAUAUUUCAAACAAGUUAAAUUUGACAAAUUACACUCGCCCCUCAAAGUUUUUUUUUCUCAUUUGAAAGUAGAAGUUUUAACAGUGAUAAAAGUAGUAUUUGUUGAAAGUAAUUUUUAAAUAUUAUUUUACAUAAAUAGAGGGAAAUAAAAUAAUAAUGUUUGUUAAUUAUUAUUUUCUUGUGUUAUAUUAAUUAUUCUUAAUAAUCCAAUAUAAAUCCAAUUCAUAUAAUUCAUAUAAUUUUUAUUUCUAUAGGACAUAUUAUCAAAAAUGCAUACGUUUAUUAAGAAAAAUUUUAAUAUACUGUAUAAAUAACAAAAUAACGAGCAUUGUCAAUUUAAAAAUUUAUAAGGUAUUUUUGCUUAAUUCAAUAGCACUUGAGCAAUGUUUUGUUUAAAGUCUAAAAGAGUGAGAAUAAUAUAAUGCCAAAGACUACUUACUGAGAAUUUCAUCGUCUAUAAUCAUAACGGGGAAUAACGGCAGACAUUAUUUUCCGUUUCGAUAGCAGAACGCUAUCGAACGGAAGGGUCGAACGAAAGGAAAAGCGGGUACGACGGUUUUCAAUCAGAAGGAACACACAAAGUCGAUGGGAGACGAAGGCGCUUGCGCCACAUAGAAGUUUUCCUUUCGCUUGAUGGCCGGUGGAGUCGAGUCGGUUUGAAAAGGGAAGGCGGAAGGACUCUUCGUCCCUCUCGCACCGAGCGACGACCGACCGAUGAGUAAAUGACACACAGCCCCUAGCCCUCUGCCCCUGCUUCUCUACGUAAACACACAGACGUACGCGCGUGCACACACUCGAAAAACGGAUGUCCACCUACGAACACACACGUCGACGUUCCUAGUGUGACGAGGGAUGUGUAUAAAAAUCAAUAAUAUCUUGCGGUUUCCAGAGCUCCGAAAAUGAAGGAGAAAACGUGGCGCAAGGGUGGCGGCCUUUGGCCGUGUAGACAAAAGACGGAGAGUAUUUCGUUAUCGUUCGUUAUCGCGCGAUAAAGAACACGCGGACGUUGAUUCGUGAACCCCGCGGAUCUUACCGGAUACCUCUCGGCGAAGAAGAAAUGAAUCAUGUUUCUAAAGAUAUUUCCAUUUACAUUUUGCGUUUAAAGUACCUUUAAUAUUAAGGAUUAAAUUUGCGUUAGAAAAUAUUUGUGUUAAGAAAAUAAGUAAAAGUUUCUACAACGCAAGAAAUCUCUUCUCUAGAACUCUAAGUUUUAAAAUUGGCUAGCUGCUCCCCAGCUUACGGAUGGCCGGCGUUCCGUCUUUUACUUCUCAUGCUGCGUUCUACCCUCGCCGGCUACAAUAAUCAUGAUCGUUUUGUUUCCUCGUCAUUUAUUUACAAAAGGGCCGCCAGGCCAAGAUCCAUGGCAAAUUUCGGAAAAAGGUAUUGAACCAUUCGCCCCUCCAUUUAUCCAAUACGAUCCUUCCUACUUCCCCUACUUCAUCAACCUCACCGCAACUUAUAUUCCGAGAAGGAAGUGGAUUGCAAUUAUCAAAGCCUCCCUCUCUCAAUUCCGCCCUUCGUUCCUACUUGAACUGGCCGCUUUGCGAUCCCAUCCCUUCGCGUUCACUUUCCUCUCCUAUCGUCUUUCGUCAACUUGUAGAAAUUUCAUCCCCCAGUAAUAAUUUCGCCACCACUAUUGCGACGGCUGUCACCCUCGUCGUUGUAUUCGCGUCCUUUUCUGCGUCCUGAAACUUUUCCGCGGCCGCAAUCGAUGUCUCGGACGAUCAAAGAAAUCCACUCGCUAGAACGAGCGUCGAUGAAAUACGCACGGAGAAACUCGUGAAAAACGCAACGAUUGAAAAAAAAAAUCCCCAAUUUGAAGAGAUAACCCCGUAAUAUUGAAUUUAUUUAAAAAGGUAUUCAAAAAACUAAAAGCAAUUAAUAUCAUUUAUUCCAUGUCUCGUAAUAACAUUUUACAAUAUUUCUAUGCAAACACAAGUUUUUUUUAUGAUAGCUUUUAUUAAUUCCGAGGCAAGAUACAUAAAAUUUUAUCACUUUUCGCGCUUGUAGAUUUCUGCUGCUUGAUUCUUAUUUUAAUUAAUUAUUUUUGGCAAUUAGUUUGCAAUUCGUGGUACUUUUGCGAUUGCGCGAUCGUAAUCAGUUGAGAAUAUGGAGCGAUAAAUAUUUAGUCAUCUUAACGGUGUCAUUAAAUUCGAUGGACUAUGAAAUCUUAAUCGCGUAAAUGAAAGAAGUAAAGCAAACAAUCGACGAAGCGAACGAUAUCGUUACCCUUGAGAUUAAAUAAUAUUGUUGCAAAAGAGCAAUAUCGUAAUCGAUUUUAUAUCCAAAAUCAUUAAUUAUUUAAUUAAUUAAUUAAUUAGAUUUAAUAAUCUGAAGGAGACUAAGGAAAGAGUUAUUUUUAGUUAAAAUAUUACAAUUGACGAUCAAAAUAACUGUAAAUCUAGAAUACGAAAAAGGAACGCACAAAAUUCUAACUCAUAUUUCAAUUCUAUCCGACUUUAAUCCGGUUUUAAAGAUAUAUGUCACAACGUAUGUUUGUCACAAAAUUUUAAUAAAUGUUUAUGCAAGAGUUUGUUUGAAAUCACUAACUUGUUCAAAAAUUAUUUACUUAAAUCUGGUAACUUUUAACUGAAUUUAUGCAACUAAAAUAUUUGUAAUUUAUCGAAUGAGUUUGAUACGCAACACAUUGUAAACUACGAACAAUAAAAUAUUGGACAAGCAUUGGGGACGCCGAUACGUUCGUGAGUGCUAUACUGCGGUUUAUCGCAAACCCUUCAAUAUG